AUGUCCAUCGCUACGAGCCUUGCUCACGUUGAACGUAUUUUUGGUCAUACCUUCAUCAACAAGCUCGUCGGGAUCGAAGCCAUCCACGCCGACAACCAAGAGAUUUACUACGACGGCAAAUGGCUCAAACUGAGGCGAAACGACGACUUGGCCAUCUCUGGCGACAAGACCAUCGACUUGAUCGUCAGCAUACUGUGGUAUCGCUCACGCACCAACCAGAACCGCCCGCUCGUGAAAGGAGACAUGUCGGCAAUCCAGCGCGACCUAGUGAGCGGCGAGAAACUAGCAGCGCGCGGCUACGCCCUCGGUCUCGACGCGUACGUGAUCAAGAACCCUGGUCACGUUGGCCGCAUCUCAGAGCGCAUGAUGGCGACAGCCGUCGAAGCGCUGAUUGGCGCCGUGUUGGUGGACAGCGGCCACGAUCUUGAGGCUGUGCGCGCCGUCAUGGAGCGCCUGCGCUUCUUCGAGCACCCCCUGCUGCUCACUACCGACUGCAGCGCGCUCGCUGCCCAGGCACCGGCCGAUGCUGCCUGA